GAAACGGGAAAGGGGAAGCGGAAAAGCACAUCAGAGAGACCAAAGGAGCUUAACUCCAUUGAGUAGUAACAAACUCUGCUUCAUGCCUUUCACUAAAUAUUAAUAUUAAUAAAUGAAACUGCGUUCAGCAUCAAAAAAAGUUACCAGCAACCUUGGUGACAAUGAAGUGGUUUUUGUGGAGCUAGAAACAGAAAUCAACUCAGGAUAUGGAACCGAGUUUGUCUAUGAUCCACAGGGAGAGAAAACCGAGCCUGUAAGAGAUGUGGUAGGAAGUGUUAUUUCAUCAUUUCCAUGUAAUUUCAGCAAUGUUCCCCAGCGAUUGCGAACAAAGAGGAAGAGGAAAUUCGAUGAGCAGGAAGCACUCUCUAUACCCAAGAAAAGGCUAGACAGUAGAGUCUUUGAUGAUUACUUGAAGAAAAUAUGGAAGAGUUUCCCAGAAGAUAAGAGGAGGCCCUUUGCAUACUUUGACAGCUUAUGGUUUAGUCUUUACAGGACUGCUUCAUCUAAAGACAAGGUGCUGACUUGGAUUAAAAAAGAACAUAUUUUCUCAAAGGCAUAUGUUUUUGUUCCAAUAGUCUGCUGGAGUCACUGGAGCCUUUUGAUCUUCUGCCAUUUUGGUGUGAGCUUGAAAUCAACUACCAAAUCGCGGUGCAUGUUGUUGCUGGAUUCUCUUGAAAUGGCCAAUCCAAGGCGGUUUGAACCAGAUAUUAGAAGAUUUGUACUAGACAUUUAUGAAGCAGGGGACAGGCCUGAGAGUAAGAAUCUCAUAUCUCGAAUUCCAUUAUUGGUGCCCAAGGUGCCACAACAAAGAGAUGGUAAUGAAUGUGGAAACUUAGUCCUCUAUUUCAUUUACUCGUUUUUGCAACGUGCGCCUAAGAAUUUUACCAUGAAGGAGUACCCUUACUUUAUGAAAAAAGAAUGGUUUACCUUUGAAGACUUUGAUGGGUUUUGUGGUAGACUUGAUUCAUUGAAUUAGAUGUCUCCAAAUUUGAGUGAACUAGAUCUAAUAUACAUCUUGUUGAUUAAUUUACAUUGCAUACGGGGUAAGGGGAGAUUUAUUCAUAUAGGGGCAGACAUACCUGGUUGUUUUAUCCGGUAGAGAGAGUGCUCUCUUCCAUGUUCAUAUUUAUUGGAAUUUCAUUUUGUGCUGGAAUUGAUGUUUACAGUACU